AUGUCUUUAAGGAUGAACAACGGAAUGAAUUUGGCUUAUGGGAAUAGUAGUCAACAAGUUCAAGAAGACAAAAUUAACAUAGACUCCAACCAUUUUAUUGAUGAUCCAGUUGUUGAUGGAAGCUCGCAUAGAAGAGUUAGAGGGCCAACAUAUAUGCCUAUUUGGGCUUGGGAAGAAGGGGAUCGUAUUCCAGUUCUGUUCAAUGAAUAUGGCCAACCAGUUGACAAGGAAACUACUAAUAGUUUGAGUCAUUUCAUGGGAUCUUUGGCAAGAAGUGGAAAGUAUUGUAAAGUUGAUAUUUCAUGGCCUCAAGUUAGCACAACUAAGAAAGGAAUGUUACUAAACUUUAUACAGACAAAAUUUGAUCUUCCACCAGGAUCCGAUGAUUGGAUUUUAAAAUCAUUUGCAAAGAAGGUGACAAAUUGGAGGGCAAUAAUAAAGAAAGAUUACUAUGAUCCAUCUCUAUCACUUCAAGAGCAAAUAAAGUAUAAGCCUAAGAGAAAAAUCAGUGAAAGAAAUAAGACUAGUAGGGGAUAUAAGAAGAUGAUGCAAAUUACAGGGGAAAAAAGUUAUGCUCGAGUUCAUGAAGAACUAAAGGAAUCUUUGUCGGGACGUGAACCUAGUCGAAUGGAGUUGUUUGUUGCGUGUUUUUCUAAAGAUGGCAUUCCCAAAAAUGUCGAAGCUGCAAAUGCUAUUGAACAAAUGCUAGACCUUAACUUUCAACUUCCCGAAGGCUCACUUGAUGAGCCGGGCCUAAUGAUGUAUUCUCGAAAGUGA